AUGUCUAUUAGAAAUUUCAAAAAGCUUAAAGAGCUUGCCACAGAUCGAGUUAGGCUCAGUGGUCUUAAAUUGUUAACAAUUUCUGAAUGCCCUGAGCUUGAGGCUUUUCCGGAGCAAAGGGGUUACGACAUCUCUCCGCCCUUNAUGGCCAAUGGCUUUAUUCAGGGUCGUCAAAAUUUUGAGCCAGAAGAUGUUGGCAUUGAGAUAUGCAAUGAACUAUAUUGGCGAUCCUUUUUUCAAGAUGCAAAAAAGGAUGAGUUUGGGAAUAAUUUAUUAUUUAAAAUGCAUGAUCUUGUUCAUGAUCUUGCACAAUUUAUUGUGAAAGAUGAAUUUGCUGUCAUGGAGGCCAAUGGUUCAAAUAAUAUCUCAAAAAGCACUCUUCAUGUCAAAAUAUACGUUGAUUCUUUCCAAUCAUCAUACAAAGGUUCUGAAGCUUUGUAUGGAGUUGAAACCUUAAGGACAAUAAUCAUGGCUGGAGACUUGGCAUUUUCUUGUGAUAUCUCGAGAUUAAUCUCAUUGAGAGUUCUCCGUAUGCGUGCAAUUGGAGUGUCGUUGUCAACUUCAAUUCGGCAUUUAAAGCAUCUAAGGUACCUGGACCUUUCUUCCAGCGAUAUCGAACUACUUCCCGAAUCACUUUGUAGCUUGCUUAAUUUGCAGACUUUGAAUCUGAAAGAUUGUGAUCAACUUCGGAAGCUACCUAAGCGCAUGAGAUGCUUGAAAAAUCUUCGACAUCUGUAUCUAAAUAGUUUUACCAAGUUAUCUCAAAUGCCUCCACAUAUUGGACAGAUCACUUGCUUAAAAACUUUAACUCUCUUCAUCGUGGGUAAGAUGAGAGGUUGUCACUUGGCUGAAUUGAAAGGUUUAAAUCUUGGAGAAGAAUUACGUGUCACGCAUCUUAAUAGAGUGGGCAAUCUGAUGGAUGCCCAAGAAGCCAAUUUGGUCGGAAAACCGAAUCUACGCCGCUUGGAAUUAUCUUGGGAACUUGAUAGUGAAUCAGAAUCCCAUGAAAAGUUUGAAAAAGUAUUUGAAGCUCUCCAACCUCACUCAAACCUUGAAAUUUUGAAAAUUGAAGGUUAUAAAGGUGCCAAAUUUCCAGUUUGGAUGGAUUAUCAAAUUCUAAGUAAUGUUGUUUCUAUCACGCUCUCUAACUGUGAGAAUUGUCGACAACUUCCUCCCUUGUGGCAACUUCCUCGGCUUCGUUAUCUUACAAUUAUAAAUUUGAUUAACCUGGAGUACGUUGAUACAAGUUUCCAAGGUGAGAGAAAAUUCCUGUCUUUGGAGGAACUCUGUAUUAAUGGAUUGUCGAGGUUACAGAGGUUGUCAAGACAGGAUGGAAGCGAGUUAUUCUCAUGUCUUACGAAGCUAAAUAUUUACGGCUGUCCUGAAUUAACCACCCUGCCUUGUCUUCCUUCAGCAAAAUUUUUAUUUAUUUCUUCCUGCAAUGGGGAACUUCUAAAAUCAAUCUCACAUUUCAGAAGCCUUACUUGCCUACGUCUUCAGAGAAAUUGCGAUUUAGUUUACCUUCCUCAUGAGAUUAUGCAAAAUCUCUCCUCUCUUCAUGAAAUGUCUAUUAGCAAUUUCGAAAAGCUUAAAGGGUUUGUCACAGAUCGAGCUAGCCUCAGUGGUCUUAAAUUGUUAACAAUUUCUGAAUGCCCUGAGCUUGAGGCUUUUCCGGAGCAAGUACUGGGAGGCCUAUACUCUCUUCAGCAUUUGACUUUAGAAAUGUGCAUAAAGUUUUCUAAUUUGUCAGAGGGGUUACAAAAUCUCUCCGCCCUUGAAAGCUUGACACUUAAUGGUUGCCCUGAGUUGGUGACUUUUCCGAAUAGUAUCAAAUACCUUAGUUCCCUCCGGGAGUUGACCAUAUGUGGCAAACCCGCAUCAUUUAUCAAUGGUAUUUGUGACUUGGUCUUUUGGACAGAAUGUGGCAGAGAAGACAGUAAUUGUCCAAAGUUGACAGUGUUGCCUGAGUCCAUGAGGUAUGUCCCUGCACUGCAAAAAUUGAGCAUAUGCUGGUACCCUGAACUAGCAUCAUUGCCUCACUGGCUAGGAGACCUAACAUCUCUUCAGUCUUUGAAUAUUUAUAAAUGCCCAAAGUUGUCAUCUCUUCCAGCCAGCAUCCAGAGCUUGACCAAUCUACAAAAUUUGUUCAUAUCCAAAUGCCCUGAACUGGUGAAGCGAUGUGAGAAGGAAACAGGAGAAGAUUGGUACAAGAUAGCACAUGUUCCGAACGUUAUUGCGAGGUAUGAAGAGCUAGUGAUAUUGCAGGAAUGCCGUGAAGGUAUGAACGGUUAG